AUGAAACAAUUUGAAGAAAUAGCGGCUAAAGGUAAAGGUAUGGCUCCACCUAUAAGUGCGAACCAACCUGACGAACCUGAAGAUGAUGAAACUUUUAUUGACUUUCCUGAAAGCUCGGAUAAUUCAUUCAAAAGCUCAGACAGCUCAUCUAAAAAUACUGUCAAACAAGCUGCUGCACCUUCUCCAACUAAUGUAGUUCCUGCAAUUAAAGGUCCUACGACUCCAGUUAGUGAUACUCCUAUUAAAGGUCCUACGACCCCAACUAAUGAUACUCCUAAACAAAGUAUUAAUAGUAUUGGUCCAACAAUACCUACUCCAAUAACUACUCCGAAAUCAACUAUUCAGAGUCCACCACCCAAAUCAAUCUCUCCACCUCCAAAUUCCGUUGCUAAAACUCCUUUGUCUACAAUCCCCCAACCUUCCGUUGCUAAAACUCCUUUGACUACAUCUCGUCCACCACCAACUUCUACCUCUAAAAUAUCUCAUGCUGAACAUAUUUCUACUAACUGUUUUUUGGGUGUGAUAUUGACUACAUUCCUUGGCUUUUUCAUCGGAAAUCUAUUAUUUUUGUUUAGAUAA